CUAACCCUAAAUGCCAUUUUUGCAGGGACUAAAGCCUAAGAAGCCAUUGAACAAGCCAUCGAACUGGCCGAGCUUCUUGUUCAAAGACAAAGCUCACAAGCAUGUGGUUAUCAAGAUGCAGUUGGAUUCUCUCAGCAAAACACCAUCACCACUACCACCAGACCACAAAGUCUCAGCAGAGUGGGAGAAGAAAGCUGCUUUAGUAUCUUCCAAGACAGACCUUACCACUCUCUUAUCCGACGAGCUUCUUCUCCGGGUAUUCUCCAAGCUUCCUGAUUCACAACGAAACCCUAAUUCGCUCGUUUGCAAGCGAUGGCUGCAUCUCCAAGGCCGCCUGGUUCACUCUGUCAAGCUGCUCGACUGGGAUUUCCUCUUCUCAGGUCGGCUUCUUUUACGUUUCCCCAACCUCACCGAUGUUGAUCUCGUUGCCGCCUGUAUUGACUCGCCCAGGAGUUCUGGAAUUUUGUUGACCCAUAAAUUCUUAUCGGUUCACCUUGAUUCUGAUUUCUCGCCUUGUGAGUUUGUCCCUGAAAAGAAUUUGCUGCCACCGGCUUCGAUUGAUGGAGGGCUACGAGUUAUUGCACAGGGAUGCCCUAAUUUGCGGAAACUUGUUCUUAAUGCUGCCACGGAGAGUGGGUUGUCGAGUGUUGCGGAGGAGUGUCCGACCUUACAGGAAUUGGAGCUGCACCGUUGCACGGAUGUCUUAUUGCGUGGGAUCUCCGCUUGCAAGAAUCUCCAGAUCCUGAAAUUGAUUGGGACUGUGGACGGUUUCUAUAGUUCUGUCGUUUCGGAUAUCGGUUUAACGUUCUUAGCCAAUGGUUGUAAGCGUCUUGUGAAGCUUGAGCUGAGCGGGUGCGAAGGGAGCUACGACGGAAUAAAGGCUAUUGGCCAAUGCUGCCAUAUGCUGGAGGAGCUCACGCUGUGCGACCACAGGAUGGAUGGUGGGUGGAUGGCAGCCUUGUCAUUUUGUGGAAAUUUGAAGACUUUGAAGCUUCAGUCGUGCAAGAGGAUCGAUCUGACACCAGGGCCUGACGAACAUUUGGGGUCUUUGCGGACUCUUGAACGUUUGCAGCUACAGAGGUGCCAACUGCGAGAUCAGCAGAGUAUGAAGUCAUUGAUGUUGAUAUGUGAGGCCGUCAGGGAGAUGGUUUUUCAGGACUGUUGGGGUUUGGAUAAUGAGAUGUUCAGCUUUGCGAGUCAUUGCAGGAGGGUAAAGUUUCUAUCUUUGGAAGGAUGCUCGUUGCUAAACACAGAUGGUCUAGAGUCGGUACUUCUUUCUUGGAAGGAGCUUCAACGGCUUAGAGUAGUCUCAUGUAACAAUAUAAAGGACAGUGAAGUGACUCCUGCACUUUCGAGUUUGUUUUCAGUUCUAAAGGAGUUGAAGUGGAGACCAGAUUCGCAAUCUCUUCUUUUGUCAGGCCUUGCAGGGUCUGGAGUGGGAAAGAAAGGCGAUAAAUUUUUCAAGAGAUUGUGAGGCCUGAACUUGCUACCUGAUGUGGAGUAUCUGAGCUUCUGUUCAAUAGACACUCAUUUGAAUCAAUGAGCUACCGAAGUCGUUGCAGCAAUGGCACACUGUCAACUGCUGUAAUCAUUCUCGCACCAUUUCAGAUGGUUAACAUGUCGUUAACAGAGAAUGAUAUGCUUCAGUGAACCAGCCCGAUGGAGCUACUCAUUUUAGACAUGUCAAUCCCUCUUCAUCUUUUCUUAUUGUAUGUUCAUUUGAGUUUCAGUUCUCAAGCCCAGAUUACUCCAUAGAAGUAUCUGUCCUCGUCCUCUGUGAGUCUCUCACAUAACCAUCUGUUGUUUAACAAGUUUAGGAAUGUUAAUCCCUUUCUGAUCUAGUAUAUGUACCAGAAGGGGUUAAUAAUAGAUGGGUAUCUUUGUACAACACUAGCUCAUUUAUAGGAAGCUUAAUCUUUAUGAACAUAUGGAUGUAGCCUUACAUUCUGAAUCUAUACUGUUAUGAGAUGAAUUGGUUGGG